AAAAGAGGUCGCCUGGACAUGUUUGAAAGAGCACUAUUCUCCUCUUCUGCGUUACGGUAUACAGUAUGCUUGUGUAUAAAUAUCUCAUAGUGUCGCGAUGGGUUCGUAACGGGUUUCUCUCGUCAUACUCACUCUGCUUUCUCGUCAUUUUCUUAGCCACAGUGCUCCAGCCAUGGCACAAAAGCUUGUUUUCACAGCAUUGGCUGCCAUUCUUCCCCUAGUCGCAGCCCAGCAAAUUGGCACUCAAACACCAGAAGUUCAUCCCAAGCUGCCGACUUGGAAAUGCACCACAGGUGGUGGCUGUGUCCAGCAGGACACCUCUAUCGUUCUGGACUGGGGUUACCACCCGAUCCAUAAGGUUAACAGCCAGACGUCAUGCACGACCUCCAGCGGUGUAGAUGCCACAUUGUGCCCCAAUGAGGUCACAUGCGCAGCGAACUGUGCUAUCGAAGGUGCCAACUACGCUGGCAGUGGCGUAACCACAUCUGGAAAUGCUGUAACGCUUAAACAAUAUGUCCAGAACAACGGAGUUACCACCAAUGCCUCCCCGCGAAUCUAUCUCCUCGGCUCCGAUGGCAACUACGAGAUGCUCCAUCUCCUUGGACAGGAGCUGAGAUUCGAUGUUGACGCCUCAACUCUCGGUAAUAGCUGUGACAGCUCCGGCUGCGGUUUCAACCCCUAUGCCCAGGGUCUCCACAACUACUAUGGCAACGGCGGCACUGUCGAUACCCUCAAGCCCAUCACUGUGAUCACGCAGUUCUACACAAAUGACAACACUCAGACCGGCACCCUCACCGAGAUCCGUCGCCUCUACAUCCAGAAUGGCAAGGUGAUCCAGAAUGCCGUAACCUCGUCUGGCAUGGACUCUAUCAAGGCUGCAUGGUGCUCAUCGUCCGAUGCCGCUGCCGCCAGGCUCGGUGGACUGACCACCAUGGGUCAGGCACUGGGUCGCGGCAUGGUACUAAUCUUCAGCAUUUGGAAUGACGCCGGACAGCACAUGAGCUGGCUGGACAGCGGCAGCUCCGGCCCAUGCAGCAGCUCGGAAGGAAACCCGACGAACAUCCAGCAACAAACACCAGGAACUUAUGUCACCUUCUCGAACAUCAGGUGGGGAGAUAUCGGCUCUACGUUCUCAGAAAGCGGUGGAUAG